GUUCUAACUUUUCAAGUAACUAUAGGAAGAUUAUUUUAGCUUUGGUGUUUUAAGUUUUUUUGAACGUUCGUUUUCAAACGUUCUAUGUUUGGAUAGUGUAAUAUUGAAAUUAAUUAUGUAAAGUGUUGUAUACUGUUUUUUUUUCUGUAAGUUGUUACAUAGACAAAUUAUACACCAAAAAUGACAAUUUCUGUGAUAUCUAAUCAAAAAAAAAAACCAUUAAUUUAAGUCAAAAAUUAUAAUAAUAUGUUGAAUAAUGAAUCCUAAAGAACGUGCACGUAAUAGAUGGAAAUUAUUGGCAAAUACUGUCAGUAAAAAAUGUCAAGACCAGAUUUUUUCAUCACAAAUAAGCUAUGAUCUCUUUAAUAUCGAAUCCAUCAAUACUGAAUGGUCUAAAUAUUCUUCAUGUGUUGAAAACAAUAAUUUCUCAGCAAUUGUAUGUCGAUCGCCUAUAAUUGUUACGCCUGAGGAACUUAUGGGCUUUAACAAUACUGGGAAUGUUCGUAUAUGGCCAUCCGAAGAAGUAUUAGCUUACUAUGUAUUAUCAAAUCUGGAUUCAUUCAGAGAUAAGACUGUACUCGAACUGGGCGGUGGUAUGAGCUGUUUGGCAGGUAUAAUGGCUGCUUUAUAUGGUUUUUGUAGUGAUGUUCAUUUGACUGAUGGAAAUCCGAAUUCUGUGUACAAUGUUGAGCGUAUACUUGAGAAAAAUGUGUUCACAACCAAAGUUACUUGUUCGGUGUUGAAAUGGGACCAAAGACCUGCAAACAUUUGUCAUUACGAUGUGGUACUAGCUGCUGAUUGCCUGUUUUUUGAUGAAGCUCGUGACGAUUUGGUGCAUACUAUUGCUGCAUCAUUAUCAUAUGAUGGAGUUGCAUUGGUUGCAGCGCCAAAACGAGGGACUACUUUGUACGAGUUCAUAAACAUGGCACAGAAAGAGGGUUUGAUAUGCACCAUACAACAAAACUACAACACUUUGGUAUGGGAACGUCACUCUAAACAGGUUCUCUACAAUCCAUCAUAUGAUGCCGAUUCACAUUAUCCAUUGUUGAUAAGUAUUACCAAAGCGACCAAAAUUAUCGAUUGCCAAUUUCAAUAAAUUAUUUAAGAAACAAUUAUAUACACCAGUUAGAAUUAAAAUAUUGGAUCUGAUAAUUCAAAAUUAUCAUUUAAUAAGUUGACUUAUUGACUUCAAUAUAAAAAAAAAUCAAAAUUAUAAUCGACUUCUGAGAAUCAAUAUGUUUUUAUUCAUUUCUAUAAUAGCGAAUUCAUAGGAGGGCAUAAUUAGAUCAAUCAUUCACCUAUUAUUUUUGAGUUUAAUUUUUUCAUAUUGUAGUGUAACAAUUAUUAUAAAGCUUACAUUUAGAAGUGCGUUUAAAAAACUAACAUAAAAUAUAAUAAUUUAUAAUAAUUUUUCUCUUAUCAUCAACAUCCCUCUACACUAAAUGUUAUAACUUAUAAUGGUUUAUAAGGAGUAUAAUUUACUGGAGUUGGAUCCAUUCAUAAAUUCUUAUAUUCAUAAUACCUACAAUAGUUAGAUACAUUUCAGUAUUCAUUUAUAGAUAUUAUUGUAAUUAUUUCUUAAUAUUAUUCCUUAAAACUACUAUCUAGUACCUACAUAAUGUAUAACACAAUAUACCUUAUAUUAUUUAUACCUUUAAUUUCCAAAACAAAUUUUGUAGGUAUGUCAUGAGUUAACUGUGAAUCAGAUUGAACUUAAAGUUUGGUUUAUUUAUAAUAUUUUAGAUAAUUGAAAAUAAUAUUAUUUCUUGUUAUUGUGUAGUUUCAUUACUUGAAUUAAAUUUAAUAGAUUCUAUCCUAGACAAAAAUGUUUAGUAUCAAAUAGAGUUCCUAGAGCUUACUGAUAAAAUUUUUUAAACAGGGUGUUGGUUUAUUCGAAUUUUCUAUUAAAAUAAAUUAAUGAUAUUUAAAAUACUCAUUAUUUUGAAAAGUUGCCAAUAAUUGAUAUUUAACUUCUUACCUUGUUAUAAUUUGUUUUUAAAUUUUUUUAUCUUCAUUGUUCCUCAACUUUAGUUUCUUAAUUUUACUACUUUAUACCUAUCUAUUACAUUAUGAAAAAUAUUUAUAAUUUUAAAUAACAACAUAAGUAAAUUACUUUUACACAUAAUAUUUCUCAUACACUUCUUCUGUCUAUUUAUUCAUUGAUAUUUAUUAAAAUUGAAAUAUUUUUUAAUAUCUACUAUGUAUAAUUAUUAAAGCAAGGAAAAUAAUUUGGUGAAAUUAUUUUUGUUCGAAUACAUUCUAGUUUAUUAAUUUUCAAUAAUUUAUUACUGAAAGGUAGAUAUUAUGUAAUAUAUUGCAUUGGUACUUUUCUUGUGUGCUACCCACUACAACACCAUUAGUACUGAAACCACCAAACUUAAUUUUACUCUAUGUUAAUUUUUAAUUCAAAAUUAAUAUUAUCCUUAAAAUAAAGGAUAAAAAUUAGUAAAUAAAAUCAAUAGGAGAAUAAAUUCAAAUGUUUUAAUUUUUAUGAAGAUGCAUUAAAUUGAUAAUGUAAUAAAAAUACUAUUAUCACUUGAGAUCACCCAACUUCAAGAUGAAUAGUUGUAGUCAGAAUUCAUUCAUAAAAAUAAAAUAUUUUAGUAACUAUUUAAUACAACAUAAACAAACUUUAUACUUAAGAAAAUAAAAGUUACAAUAAUAUUUGAUGUUGAUCAAUAUCUUACCCCUUAAAAGCAAUACAAAUUUAAGUUAUAAUUAAAUAAUUUUUCAAUUAAUUACAUAGUAUAACACAUCAUCUAAAAAAUUUCAGUAAGUAGCAUACAAGGCUAGUACCAUACUAAUCAAUAAAAUAUUUAUAAAUUGAUUACAUACCUCCCUCCACUAUUAUAUUUAAAUUUAUGUUCCUAUCUGUAAUGUUUUUUUCCCUGCUUUAUAACUAGAUUGUGUGUUUUAAAUAUUGUAAGCAACUUUUAAAACUUUUAAAAUAGGUAAAAAUUCUAUGAAUAUAACUUUAUUACUAUAGUAAUUAUAAACACCAAUACAUUAAACAUAUUGAAUUUAAUCAUAAUACAAUACUAUUAUAUGGGUAUAUUAUAUAUUUAUAAAAAUAUAUAUUAAUAUAAUGCUAGCGCUAUUAUCAAACCUAGGGUCCAAUCUAGAAAUAAUUUUAACUUGACAUACGUUUUAAUAUAUUAAUAUUGUAUUCAUUAGCUUUAUAUAAUUAAUAAUUUAUAAAAUAUGUAAUUUAGGUAUAUUCAUUUAUACCUAUUUAUAUUAUUAUUGUAGAUAAUUUUAAAAGACAAUUAUUUUUUACACUGUUACCGUUUGAUAAGUUUAUUCAACAUUUCUAGUCUUGUUUAGUCAUUGUUCAUAUCAAUUAAGUAUUAUUUUUCAAAAUAGAAGUGAUUUAUUUAUUAGGUAUAUUAUUAUUGAUCCAUUAUAUUCAUAACUUAGUUAAUAAAUAAAUAUGUGAUAAUUAAAAAACUUUCUUACCUAAUUGGUAAAUUUGUUUAAUAAUGCCUAUUACCCUAUAUUCAAUAAAUAUCAUGAAUAUGUAUCGUGUGUAUUACUCGACUUAUAUUUUACAUAAUUUAAUUUUAAUAAAACUGUAUGGAUAAUGGAUAUUCAUUCCAAUUACUUUUCCAUGUUACUCAAUAUUAUUUUAAAUCAUGUAAUUUUGUUAUUAUAUUAUGUUAUAUUAAUUGGAUACCUAUAUUAAAUGUAAUCGUUUUAAAAUUUAGAUUUAAAAAUAGACACAAAUACACAA